UUGUACACCCCUGGCCAUCUGUAGUAGUGUGCAUACACAAUACACGUCACUACUAGGCGUGGUUGUCAGGCGCUCCCCCUGUCGGUGAUCCCGGGUACUGCCGUCCAACUCCUCCCUCCCUUUUCCUCCCUCCCGCCUUCCCUCCGCCAGAGUCACGUGACCCCGCAGCAAAGAAGCAAACGGCGCUGCUUCCUCCCGCGGCUCUUCUCGCCUCCUCAUCCUCAUCCUCAUCCCCGCCGCCGAAGCACGACCCGCCGCGGCAGCCGCGCACGGGACGCCCACCGGGAGCGAGCGCUACGUCGUGGCAUCCAGAAGGGGCCCGGGGCGCCAUGGCGGACCCCCGUUAGGAGAGCGAGAGGCGGAUUUCGGACCCCCCCUUUGUUCUCUCCCUCGACGCCAGCCGUCGCCGUCCUUCGCCCGCGGAGAAGCUCCCUUCCCUUGCAGCCCAGGAGGAGGAGGCGGAAUGGCGGACCGCGAGGCGUCGCCGAUCCCGUUGGAGAUCCGUGCCCGCCUGGCGGAGCUGGAGCUGGAGCUGUCAGAGGGCGACAUCACUCAGAAGGGUUAUGAGAAGAAGAGGUCCAAGCUGAUCAGGGCGUACAUUCCACACGCUGGAGGUAUGGAAGGUCCGAUGUCUCACCGGGGCCCGCUCGGCCCGCCGUCCGCCAGCCGCUUCCACCGCCGGCGAACAUCGGGCACGAGAGAUGAACGCUACCGCUCAGAUGUCCACACGGAGGCGGUCCAAGCCAUGCUGGCGCGACACGUGGAGAGGAAGGUGGCGGUGCCCAUGCCCUCCAAGAGACGAUCUUUAGUGGUGCAGACCUCCAUGGAUGCGUACACGCCACCAGGCCUGUCGCCCCUGUGCUCAGACUCCUCGUCGGGCUCCGAGGAGGAGGCGGGGCCGGGCGACGACAUGUCGGGCAUGUCCUGGAUGGGCCGCCCCUCCCAGCUGGGCCCCGCCCACCUGGGCUCCACCUCCUCGUCGUCGUCGUCCACGCAAAGCGGCGGGAGCGGCAACGCCGGGCGGCUGGCCGACUCGCUGGCGCACACGCACAUAUCGCACCUGGCCCACCUGGCGCACACGCACCUGGGCCAGUCGCACCUGGCGCCGUCACACCACGGCAUCGGCCACCUGUCUCUGAAGAGAAAAGGAGCGCUGAGCGUUGCUGAGAACGGAGGAUCUCUGCGGCGGUCCUGCGAGUUUGGCUCGGACAUGCUGUGGCCGCCCCCGCUGGAGUCGGACGAAAAUCACUCGGGGCCCCCGGACGUCACGGGCUACUCGUCGGACUCGCCCCACUCUCACACGGAGCGCCAUCACAUGUCCAACAUGGGGACCAUCGCCAGGAACACGCAGAAGUACGGCAACGCGGAGCGCAUGGAGACGGGCGACGGAGUCCCGGUCAGCAGCCGCGUGUCGGCCAAGAUCCAGCAGCUCGUCAACACGCUCAAACAACCUCGCCGGCCGCCGCUGCGAGAGUUCUUCGUCGACGACUUCGAUGAACUCCUCGAAGUCCAACAGCCCGACCCCAACCAGCCUCGCCCCGAGGGGGCAGAGAUGAUGCCGGUGCGGGGCGACUCGCUCGGGGUGGUCACCAACUGGCCCCCGUCGCUGGAAGCCGCCCUCCAACGCUGGGGGACCAUCUCCCCGAAAGCCCCCUGCCUCACCAGCCUGGACACGUCGGGCAAGCCCCUCUACGUCCUCACCUAUGGCAAGCUGUGGUCUCGCAGCAUCAAGCUGGCCUACAACAUCCUGCACAAGCUGGGCAGCAAGCAGGAGCCCAUGGUGCGACCCGGCGACAGGGUGGCGCUGGUGUUCCCCAACAACGACCCCGUGGCCUUCGUGGUGGCCUUCUAUGGCUGCCUGCUGGCCGAGGUGGUCCCGGUUCCCAUAGAGGUGCCCCUCAGCCGCAAGGACGCCGGCAGUCAGCAGAUUGGAUUUCUGCUGGGGAGCUGCGGCGUCACCGUGGCGCUGACCAGCGACGCCUGCCAUAAGGGUCUGCCCAAGAGUGCUACAGGAGAGAUCCCGCAGUUUAAAGGUUGGCCCAAACUGCUUUGGUUUGUCACCGAGUCCAAACACCUGUCCAAGCCGCCACGGGACUGGUUCCCUCACAUCAAGGACGCCAACAACGACACCGCCUACAUCGAGUACAAAACGUGCAAAGACGGCAGCGUGCUGGGCGUCACGGUAACCAGGGUGGCCUUGCUCACACACUGCCAGGCCCUCACCCAGUCCUGCUGCUACACAGAAGCCGAGACCAUCGUCAACGUUCUGGACUUCAAGAAAGACGUGGGUCUGUGGCACGGCAUCCUGACGAGCGUGAUGAACAUGAUGCACGUGAUCAGCGUGCCCUACUCGCUGAUGAAAGUCAAUCCUCUGUCGUGGAUCCAGAAAGUGUGCCAGUACAAAGCCAAGGUGUCUUGUGUGAAGUCCCGAGACAUGCACUGGGCUCUGGUGGCCCACAAGGAACAGAAAGACAUCAACCUGAGCUCGCUGCGCAUGCUGCUGGUGGCUGACGGCUCCAACCCUUGGUCCAUCUCUUCCUGCGACGCCUUCCUCAACGUCUUUCAGACCAAAGGCCUGCGAGGCGAGGUCAUCUGUCCCUGCGCCAUCUCGCCAGAGGCCCUGACGGUCGCCAUCAGGAGGCCGGUGGAGGACAGCAGCCAGCCCCCAGGCCGCGGCGUCCUGUCCAUGCAGGGCCUGAGCUACGGCGUGGUCCGGGUGGACACGGAGGAGCGCUUGUCUGUCCUCACCGUGCAGGACGUGGGCACGGUGGCCCCCGGAGGUCUGGUGUGCGUGGUCAAGCCCGAAGGCGUCCCGCAGCUCUGUCAAACCGAUGAGAUCGGCGAGCUGUGUGUUUGCGCCAUCGCCACCGGCACCUCAUACUACGGCCUCACCGGCAUGACCAAGAACACCUUUGAGGUGUACCCGGUGAGCUCCAGCGGAGGGCUAAUCAGCGAGUACGCCUUCGUGCGGACCGGCCUGCUGGGCUUCAUCGGCCCGGGAGGCCUCGUCUUCAUCACCGGCAAGAUGGACGGCCUCAUCAUGGUCAGCGGGCGGAGACACAACGCGGACGACAUCGUCGCCACAGCGCUGGCGGUGGAACCCAUGAAGUUUGUCUACAGGGGAAGGAUAGCGGUGUUCUCCGUCACCGUGCUGAGGGACGAAAGGAUCGUGGUGGUUGCCGAGCAGCGGCCAGACUCCACAGAAGAGGACAGUUUCCAGUGGAUGAGCCGCGUCCUGCAGGCCAUAGACAGCAUCCAUGGGGUGGGCGUGUUCUGCCUAUCUCUGGUUCCGGCCAACACACUGCCCAAGACUCCCCUGGGUGGCAUCCACCUGUCUGAGAUCAAGCAGCUGUACCUGGAGGGGGGGCUGCACCCCUGCAACGUCCUCAUGUGCCCCCACACCUGUGUCACCAACCUGCCCAAACCCCGGCAGAAGCAGCCAGAGAUCGGCCCCGCCUCUGUGAUGGUGGGCAAUCUGGUGUCGGGCAAGCGGAUCGCUCAGGCCAGCGGUAGAGAUCUGGGGCAGACUGAUGACAACGACCAGUUCCUCUUCCUGUCUGAGGUCUUGCAGUGGCGAGCUCAGACCACUCCGGACCACGUUCUCUACACUCUGCUCAGCUCCCGGGGGGCGGUCUCCAACUCGCUCACCUGCCUGCAGCUCCACAAGCGGGCGGAGCGAGUGGCGGCUCUGCUGAUGGAGCGGGGCGGCCUGCAGGAAGGAGACCACGUGGCUCUGGUCUACCCACCAGGUAUCGACCUGAUCGCCGCCUUCUACGGCAGCCUGUACGCCGGCUGCGUGCCCAUCACGGUGCGGCCGCCGCACCCGCAGAACAUCUCCACCACGCUGCCCACCGUCAAGAUGAUCGUGGAGGUGAGUCACUCGGCGUGCGUGAUGACCACGGCCGUCAUCUGCAAGCUGCUGCGCUCCAAGGAGGCCACGGCGACGGUGGACAUCAGGAACUGGCCGCCCGUCCUGGACACAGACGACCUGCCCAAGAAGAAGCCCCCAGCUUUGUACAAACCCACCAACCCUGACGGUUUGGCGUAUCUGGACUUCAGCGUGUCCACGACCGGCAUGCUGGCCGGCGUUCAGAUGUCCCAUAAUGCCGUGGGAGCGUUCUGUCGGUCGGUGAAGCUGCAGUGCGAGCUCUACCCCUCCAGGGAGGUGGCCAUCUGCCUGGACCCGUACUGCGGCCUGGGCUUUGUCCUCUGGUGUCUCUGCAGCGUUUACUCGGGCCAUCAGUCCAUCCUCAUCCCGCCGGUGGAGCUGGAGUCCAACCCGGCGCUGUGGCUGCUGGCCGUCAGCCAGCUGAGGGUGCGAGACACCUUCUGCUCCUACAGCGUCAUGGAGCUGUGCACCAAAGGACUGGGCCUGCAGACCGAGGCCCUCAAGGCUCGCGGUCUAGACCUGUCCCGCGUUCGGGCCUGCGUAGUGGUGGCCGAGGAGAGGCCCAGGAUGUCCCUGACCCAUUCCUUCUCCAAACUCUUCAAAGAUCUGGGCCUUCACCCGCGUUCUGUCAGCACGGCGUUCGGUUGCAGGGUCAACCUGGCUAUUUGUUUGCAGGGAACCUCAGGACCAGACCCCACCACGGUCUACGUGGACAUGAGGGCGCUGCGCCACGACAGAGUACGGCUGGUGGAGAGAGGUUCUCCUCACAGUCUGCCUCUGAUGGAGUCCGGCAAGAUCCUGCCCGGAGUCCGCAUCAUCAUCGCCAACCCCGAAACCAAAGGCCCUCUGGGGGACUCGCACCUGGGAGAGAUUUGGGUGCACAGCGCUCACAACGGCAGCGGCUACUACAGCGGCUACGGCGAGGAGGUCCUCCAGUCCGACCACUUCAACUCCAGGCUCAGCUUCGGGGACACUCAGACGGUCUGGGCCAGGACGGGCUACCUGGGCUUCCUCCGCCGCACCGAGCUCACUGACGCCAACGGAGAGAGACACGACGCUCUGUUCGUGGUCGGCGCUCUGGAGGAGGCCAUGGAGCUGCGGGGCAUGAGGUACCACCCCAUCGACAUCGAGACCUCGGUCAUCCGCGCGCACAAGAGUAUCAUGGAGUGCGCCGUCUUCCCGUGGACCAACCUGCUGGUGGUGGUGGUGGAGCUGGAGGGUUCGGAGCAGGAGGCGCUGGACCUGGUUCCCAUGGUGACCAAGGCGGUGCUGGAGGAGCACUACCUGAUCGUGGGCGUGGUGGUGGUGACGGACAUCGGCGUCAUCCCCAUCAACUCUCGCGGCGAGAAGCAGCGCAUGCACCUGCGCGACGGCUUCUUGCAGGACCAGCUGGACCCCAUCUACGUGGCCUACAACAUGUAGCAUGCGUGAGUGUGUGUGCGUGCGUGUGUACGUGCGUAUGUGUCCGCCGCCGCCCCAGAAAAAUCGUAACAGACUGUAAUUUUCCCUUUUUUUUUAGCAUCGUGUCCUCUCGACUCAUCUCUUUUUCUCCGUUGUUGAGCGACCCCAACCCCUCCGCUAAGGGAAGCCUUAUGGGAACACUGUGCACGUGUCGCCUUGUUUAGAAGACGGGGGAGCAAGUCUUGUCGAAGGAGAAGGGGGCCAGCUUUUUUUUUGUAAAAAUAUAAAUAUUGUACAUUGACAUAAUCUAUAUGGAGAGGAACCUAAAAGACGAGGAGGUGUCUAGUAGCCCCUAUAUGCAGCCCUCUCCACCCGCACCCUCCGUGUGUGUGUGUGUGUGUGUGUGUGUGUGUGUGUGUGUGUGUGUGUGUGUGUGUGUGUGCGUGUGUGUCGCGUCAUUGGGAAUUUAAACUGAUUUUGCCCAUCGGCAAGCGGACAGAAGAAAACCGUUUAAAGGGGAACAUUAUCACAAUUUCUGAAGGGUUAAAACCAAUAAGAAAUCAGUUCCUAGUGACUUAUUUUAUUUUUUGAAAUUUUUCAAAAAGUUUUACUAAUCACGCAAUAUCCCGAAAAACAGCUUCAACGUGCCGGAUUUUUACCAUCAGUAUAUCCACCCGUCUAUUGUCCUGUGACGUCACCGCGUGAAACAACCAGAAACAAACAGGGUGGAUAGCACUGAAAGGUAUAGCGAUAUUAGCUCGGAUUCAGACUCGGAUUUCUGCGGCGUGAAGCGUAAACUAUUCAACAGAUUACGCAUGUAUUGAAACGGAUGGUUGGAGUGUGGAGGCAGGUAGCGAAAACGAAAUUAUAGAAGAUGCUUUGAACCGCAUACAAGCGAAACCGACGAAAACGACAUGGGAGGAAGCGAGGACGAAUUCGUCGAUCGCCUUCUAACCAACGAUUGGUAUGUGUUUGUUUGGCAUUAAAUGUGGGUGGAGGGAAAGGCUGGAUGCAAAUAUAGCUACAAAUGAGGCGUAGUAAUGCAAUAUGUACAUACAGCUGGCCUAAAUAGCAUGAUAGCAUCGAUUAGCUCGUCAAUCAAUCAAUGUUUAUUUAUAUAGCCCUAAAUCACAAACGUCUCAAAGGACUGCACAAACCAUUACGACUACAACAUCCUCGGAAGAACCCACAAAAGGGCAAGGAAAACUCACACCAAGUGGGCAGGGAGAACUCACAUCCAGUGGGACGCCAGUGACAAUGCUGACUAUGAGAAACCUUGGAGAGGACCUCAGAUGUGGGCAACCCCCCCCUCUAGGGGACCGAAAGCAAUGGAUGUCGAGCGGGUCUAACAUGAUACUGUGAAAGUUCAAUCCAUAGUGGCUCCAACACAGCCGCGAGAGUUCAGUUCAAAGCGGAUCCAAGACAGGAGCCAGAGUCCCGUCCACAGGAAACCAUCCCAAGCGGAGGCGGAGCAGCAGCGUAGAGAUGCCCCGAACCGAUACACAGGCGAGCGGUCCAUCCUGGGUCUCGACUCUGAUUGAUUGAUUGAUUGAUUGAUUGAUUGAUUGAUGAUUGAUUAGCUCGUAGUCAUGCCGUGACCAAAUAUGUCUGAUUAGCACACUCCACUUAAGUCAAUAACAUCAACAAAACUCACCUUUGUGCAUUCAUGCACUACAUUAUAAGUUUGGGUGACAAAAUGAGACAAAAAAAGAAGUGGCAUAAAUCACAUCUUGGCCAAGACAUCCAGGGGGUUUACCUCGCUCGUCUGCGGGAACAGAUUGCAGUCAUCGCUGAAUAGCUCACGCACUCCGGCAGAUUCAGUGGUGGUCUACUUUCCAAUGUUGCAGAUUUUUUGGACUUUAUCGUUGGAAAUGCAUCUGCUUUGAGUGUCGCAGGAUAUCCACACAUUCUUGCCAUCUCUGUCGUAGCAUAGCUGUCGUCGCUAAAGUGUGCGGAACAAACGAGGGACUUUCGCAUCUUUUGACCUGUGGUGCAACUUGAAUCCGUCUCUGUUGGUGUUGUUACAUCCUCCGACAACACACCGACGAGGCAUGAUGUCUCCAAGGUACGGGAAAACAGUCGAAAAAACGGAAAAUAACAGAGCUGAUUUGACUUGGUGCGUGUAAUGAGGUUCAGAAAAUGGCGGAUUGCUUCCUGAAAGGUCAUCGCUCCGACAGGCUAUCCAUUGAAAGGCGUUUAAAUCGCCAAAUUCACCCUUUUAGAGUUCGGAAAUCGGUUAAAAAAACCUAUGGUCUUUUUUUCUGCAACGUCAAGGUAUAUAAUGAUGCUUACAUGGGUCUGGUGAUAAUGUUCCCCUUUAAAAAGGUUCAGGUGGAGUGGGAUGUCCACAGAGAUCAGAGUCUGUCAAACGUCCCCAAAAAACGGGCGCCAGGUGUGAGGUUUCGUUUUUGCGCUCCGCCGUCCAAAGGAAGCUGCUGACUGCUAAGCUAACACUGUAGCAAUAAACGACCCGAAGCGACGUUCCUCUUGGCCGGAAUUGCGAGUGAGCUAAAAAGACACAAUCUUAUCUUUGACAGAGCCUGGGGGGGAAAAAAACAAAAAAAAAUUUGGAGAUUUACGUUAGCAUGGGGGCUAAUUAGCUGCUCUGCUUUCGCUGCUAUUGUGAUUUUAUUCUUAUUGGUUAAUCAUCAAAAUGAUUAAUUAAAAACUAUCCGUCACAUUAUUCACACUUUAAAGUUGAUUUGACACUUUUGCACACUUUCUUGUAAUUUUCAGCUCCUUUUUUUUUUUCAUCCUUUUCGUCUUUAGUCCAACUCUUUCGCUCUUAUGUGCACUAACUCAGAUGUUUAUUAAAGUCUAAAAGGAAUGCAGAGGAUGAAAUAUUUAUGGAAUAAAUACACUUGAAUAUUGUCAGUUUAUCCCCAAAAAGAAAAAAAGAAAAAAAAAAAAGUGGCGGUCGUCUGGGCUAGCUCGGAGCUGUUAGCGUAGUUAGCGGUACUCCAGACCGGGACACGGCAGAUGGUGUAGAAGAUUUUUUUUUAAUUAGAGCACGACUUUGUGUCCUUGAUUUCCACACCACGGCAGAAGAACAGAAGUCUUUAUGCAUAUCAGCUACCUUAGCGAUGCCAGCGUGCAAAGUUAGCCGCGACAAGGAAAGUCCCAUCAAGUGUGUGUGCGCGCGCCCGCGUGUAUUGUAUGUAAAUAGUGUCCAUUUUGUACGGUACAAAUGUGUGUGACUUGUUUUGUACACUAAAAAGACUAAAAAAGAUGAAAUGACACUUUUAUAAGAGCUCUUAUUAGCUCCCGUCACACUAUACAAGUGCAAUAAAGUGCUUUGAUUGGCUACUAGGCUUCCCCCGGUUAUUUGUUGGCAUGUGUCACGUGACUAUUAAAGGCGGUUUAGCUCGGUUGGUAGAGCGGCCGUGCCAGCAACUUGAGGGUUGCAGGUUCGAUUCCCGCUUCUGCCAUCCUAGUCAAUGCCGUUGUGUCCUUGGGCAAGACACUUUACCCACCUGCUCCCAGUGCCACCCACACUGCUUUAAACGUAACUUAGAUAUUGGGUUUCACUAUGUAAAGCGCUUUGAGUCACUAGAGAAAAGCGCUAUAUAAAUAUAAUUCACUUCACUUCACUAAAGGCCUACUGAAAUGAGAUGUUCUUAUUUAAACGGGGAUAGCAGGUCCAUUCUAUGUGUCAUACUUGAUCAUUUCGCAAUAUUGUCAUAUUUUUCCUGAAAGGAUUUAGUAGAGAAUGUCCACAAAGUUCUCAACUUUUGGUCGCUAAUAAAAAAGCCUUGCCUGUACCGGAAGUAGCAGACGAUGUGC